GCUCUUACGUCAGGCGUCGUUUGUACACAGAAGGGCGAGCGACAGGCGGCAUUCUGAAUGUGAGAAGUACGUCUGCUGGAGACAAGCCGCCUACCUGGGAGCGGAGUAGAGGAGCGCGUAGGGGUCACCCUGAAGUGAGAGGCUCUCUUUAGAUAAGCACCUGUCUGUUCUUCCACAUAUAUCGCCUUUCUCUUUUUUUGGGACAGGACGUUAUGUCAGCAGCUCUUUUCAUUAACUUGUUGCGAUCCCACGGAUAUCAAAUAAGAAGGCGAGCGCUGCUGACCUCCAGAAUCUUACAAGAGGACAAACGUCUGUUUCAUUACAGUUCAAGUCCUGAACUCCGUUCCUCCCGGUUUGACCCCGACGGCAGUGGUCGUCCCACCACCUGGGACACAUUUGGAAUAUGGGACAACCGCAUCGAUGAGCCAAUUCAUCUCCCAUCCAGCAUCAAGUAUGGUAAACCCAUCCCAAAGGUGAGCCUGUCCAGGGUGGGCAGUGCCUCCCAGAUCGGCAAGCGCAAGGAGAAUGAGGAUCGCUUCAAAGUCGCUCAGAUGACCGAGAACAUCCUCUACUUUGCAGUUUUCGACGGACAUGGUGGAGCUGUGGCUGCUGACUUCUGUGACAAGUACAUGGAAAAAUAUAUUGCCGAUUUCUUGAAAGAAGAGGAAAACUUGGAAUUAGUGUUAAGCAAGGCAUUCUUGGAAGUAGAUAAAAACUUGGAAAAUCACAUUCACUCAUCUGGAAAUGCUUCCUUGCUGAGUGCUGGCACUACGGCCACCGUGGCACUGCUGCGUGAUGGAGUCGAGCUGGUGGUAGCCAGCGUGGGCGACAGCCGGGCGCUGCUCUGCCGGAAAGGGAAGGCCCACAAGCUGACAGUGGAUCACACCCCAGAGCGUAAAGAUGAAAAAGACAGAAUUAAGAAGAGUGGUGGCUUUGUGGCUUGGAACAGUCUCGGUCAGCCUCAUGUGAAUGGCCGGCUAGCCAUGACACGGAGCAUAGGAGACUUUGACCUGAAGCGCAUCGGAGUCAUCGCCGAGCCAGAGACCAAGAGGAUUAACCUCCAUCAUGUGUAUGACUCUUUCCUGGCGCUGACUACUGAUGGCGUCAACUUUAUCAUGAACAGCCAGGAGAUUUGUGACGUGAUCAAUCAGUGUCAUGACCCUCUGGAAGCUGCCCAGGUGAUCUCUGAACAGGCUCUCCAGUACGGCUCAGAAGACAACAGCACUAUCAUCAUCGUUCCUUUUGGUGCCUGGGGAAAGCACAAAAGCUCGGAUGUGAACUUUUCAUUCAGCCGAAGCUUCGUCUCCAGCGGCCGAUGGGCAUAACAUGGUGAAAACUAGGAAUCGCCAAUGUGCAAUAAGGAGAAAAAAAAAAAAGACAGACCCCACACACGCCCCCCCCCCAAUCAUCAUGCACAUCGUCCUAACGCUCAGUGAAAUGUAUUUAUUAGAAAGGUGGCGUUUUACCGACUACGCUGAAGCUGCUCAGUUCAAAGGUAUAUUGGGUUUGGUAAGCACACGGGCACCACUGCUUUUUAUGAAAUAGCAAUCAUCGUUUUUCUAAAUUAUGGGUCCUGCCCCAGCCGUAGGGUACCCAUAGUUUGUUUUUUUUUUAUUUCCACACAUUUAUUGUGAAUUGGCCACCAACACUUGGACCUCCUGUACGGCACGUGCGUCUGGCACUUAUCAAACAAUGGGAAGGCCAGGACGUUGGCACCGCUGUCGGGUACACCAGCCCCCAUCCCAUACCCCCCAAAUGAUGAAAGAAUGUAAUCUGUCGUUUCGAGCCCUUGUCGUUAUUUCACUGGAGUUCUGUGAUGGAGACGCACAAUUCGGACGCCGAUGCGUAACUUUUAAGACGUUUCACCCUCCGCGCGAGUGAAGCUGCAUUUCGGUUUCAGCACAAUUUUUUUAUCUCGAACCGACCUGUGAGUUAGAUGUUGGCUUUUGUAUUUAAUGAGAAGGUUUGGCCGGAGCUCGUUGAUCAGACUUGGGGAAGUUCAAAGGUGGCAAUGCUUCUUAUUAGGACUGUGGGACAAAGGACACUCGACUGGUCAACCACAGUGGCUCCUCUGGGGAAGGUGGGAUGGUGGAUGUUUGUUCAUUUAAUAAGACUUCGUCGUUCUGUAUUUCUUCACUUCUUUGCAUAUCACACCUUGUGUCACCCUAGAAGCUUUUAACAGACACAGAUUGAAUUGGGCGGGGACCAGCACACUGACUUCUGAACUCCCAAUCACCCAUCCAUUCAGACGGAAGCUGGUCCACCACAGGGGACACACACACAAUCGCUCUCACUGGGACAAUUUAGUCACGACCCGCAGGGGAAUGAAACCAAGAAAAAGAACUGCACCCGGGUUCAUAUGUCUGCAAGGUAGGCCAUUAAGCUCUCCCAGCAUGCAGCUGGCAUUGAAGCGCAGGCCUGUGUUGUUAGUAAGGUCUGCCAUGGCUGCAGGCUCAUAUGCUGGUGCUUGUCCUUAUUACUCAUCCCUCUAUUCAUUCACUACAUGUACCUGCUUUACCAGUUGUGCCAGUCCAUUGUUUGGCACCCUCACCAACUUCAGGCUAAUUCAGAGUAGCCAAUCAACAUAACUGCUCAUCUCUGGGACGUGGGAGGAGAACCAGAGGAGAUCUGUAGAGACAAAGCCACAGAGACAGUGAUCCACUCUACCAGGGUGCUGAGGUAGCACCGCUUCCCAUCUUCAUGCCCACUCUACCUAAAAAUAAAUGAUGUGCGUUGACAGCCAAAGGGGUAGUGUGGUCAUUGUCACCUGCCACUUCACUCUCUUUAAAAAAAAACAAAAAAAAAACGACCAUUUACAACAAAGGAAUUGUCUGAAUACAGAAAUGUAAUCAAAAGUCCUGAAAAAUACCAAAUCUGGGCAUGGGAUGGGCACAGAUUGGCUCAAAUCAAUGGAGCGCUCCAAGUCUGAAUACCAAGUCAUGUUUGACCCAUUCUGUUUGUCUCUCUAACUUAAUAGGGCAGCCAUGAAUCCUGCCCAUGCCCACCUUCAGUCUAUCCGUCUAGCUGCCCGUAGGCCGUAUGCACCCCAGAAGCAAUUCGUAUCUCCAGGAGGUCCAAGUCAAGUGAAGGUCUUUAGCUGCUCAAUGUGACAGUUUGCAGCUCAGCACAAGGUGCGCACCUUUGUUAGAAUUGUCACUUUACUGUCUAGGACACGGGUGUCAAACUCCAGGCCUGGUGGGCUGCAGGUUUUCCUAAUCCGUGACCAGUUUUCACUGCUAAUUAACUCCUUUUCCAUUCCAUUUAAUAGCUCGGUCUUUAAGGAUUUGGUCCUCUGAAUUGAUUCUUUUCUUCAUUAAAUGGCAGCCAAACAGAAAUGAGAUGUGAAACGAGCCAACAGAUGAGCAGCUAAACGGGGGUUUCAAACUCCUGCCAAUUUCACUCCAACCAGUUCCUUAAUGAGAAGCCAAUACUUGCUGUUACUUAAACCCGUCACUUAAUUCCACGGCUUGCUGCUGCUCUCAUUCUGCCACAGCAGACAUUUCCCAAAUUGAUGAUUUUCUGUUUCUGAUUACUGACCUGAGAGAUCAACUUUACUGAGACCCUCACCUUUCUUUAUGCUCAGCUAAUGUGGUUAGCUGGUCACCUGUUUGCUGAUUUUGUGUCUCGUUAUUGUUUGGCUGCUAAUUAAGGAAACAGAAAGAACUAAGGGGUCGGAGUCGAGUUCAUUAAAACUAAAGAAAAAGAAGUUAAUUAGCAGCAAAAACAGGUCACUAAUUAAGAAGGUGGUUAGAAUGAAAGCCUGUGGCCCUCCAGGACCAGAGUUCGACACCCCUGGUCUAGCAGUUUCAAAGGGUCUUCUCCCUCCACAGGGCCCUUAGCACUAAAGUGAGAGGCUCGGAGGAGAGCCGCUGACCCUCCACAUCGAGAGCAGCCACUUGAGGUGGUGUCUUACCGACUACGCUAAAGCUGCUCAGUUAGAUACAAAUACCACCUGGACACCUCCCUGUGGAGGCUUUAUGGGCACAACCCUGAGGGAGGAGACCCAGGGCUUAGUGGGAGGAUUACAUUUCUCAGCUGGCCUAGGACUACCAUAGGAUGCCACAGCGGGAGUUGGCAGGUGUGGCUGGGGGAAGGAAUGUGGGCCACCUGUUAAGAGUGUUGUCCCCGUGCCCCCAUCCAGAGGGACCAGUCCAUCCAUUUGAAGGUCUGUAGCCAUAGUAGUGUAGUAGAGAGUAUGACAUUAGGGACCUUCAAAUGUCUGUGAGCUUGUUGGGCUGAAUGUUCUUGUCAAUGGUCUUGUAAUCUUCCUCAUCACUUGUAUGUCUCACACUCUGUGCCCAUGCUCUGCCGUGUUGCCCGAUUUCUUUCAAAAAGAGCCAAGGGGACCGGCCUGCCAUCUUGAAAAUGGGUGAAGUUGUGACUGGCGGUAGCCACAGCACAUGGCCCACGAUUUGAGUUUCAGCCAUCUGGCAAGACCCUUGUGGUACAAACGCUGAUAGCACUGCAUGAUACGUGAAGGACGAUUGAGACUUGACUAGCUGAAAAGAAAAUGUAACACAAAAUUAAAAAUUUGCGAUGGUCGUAGCAAAAGAAAAGAGCAUAUUAACAAUGACUAGGAGCCACCCCAACGCAUCCUAACUAGCACUCACAGAACACGGAUUCGUAGCUCGCUGGAACGACAUCUUCCACCACAGUCUUGUAUUUAAAAUGUCUGACAAAAACAUCGACAGGGUGCCAUGGUUGAAAUUCAUGCAAGGAACGGAUAUGGAGACACGAGCAGCGUGGGAGUAAAGCAGAGACAGGGCCGCCCAGGCACUACUUCUACCGACGACAAAAAGAGAAACCGAAUUCAGAGAGAAUCGAUGAGUGACGGGAAGUCAGCAGAGGACUAGAAGUUUUUUGAACCUCAAGGGAGAGUUUUGUCAGACCUCUUAAAAUCGAUAAAGCAAAUAAAGGUCAGAAGAUCUGAUUGAUGUCUGUGCUACCAACAACAGAACAAGGAAUCGAUGAGCGACGGUCACAAAUGAGGCUCUCCAGGUAGGCAAGAUGCGAGUCCAGCCACAAGUAAACGUUUUUACCCCCAACGUGUAGAAUGAUGGUAAAAAAUGCAUCAAGCGGUUGUCAGGAUUUGGUAGGGAAGUUCAUCAAAAUCAACAGAUUUGAGUGACUUCUUCGCUUGGAAAAGUAGAAAAAGAAAUCGAUGAGCGGACUGUAGAGACAUGACUGGUGACAGUCGGAAAUGAGGCUGUGUGUCAGCUGGUUAGUGAGCUCCGCCACAAGUAAGUGACAAACGUGCACCAAUCAGUGUCGGUAUUUCGUAGUGAAGUAAAUAGCAAAAAAAAGAAAUCGCUGAACUCGUACGAGAAAAUCGACAAACGCAUCUGUGUUUACGCACGACUGGACGUUGAGAUGAACGAAGAUUGGUUUCCUGAUAUUUCUAAAACGGUGGCAAAAAUCAGGGUCGGGACUCGGUAGGGAAGUAAAUAAAAGUUUCUUCGACUUUUGCUUAUCCGAAAGUUGAAAAAAAGAAAUCAAUGAGAGUCGAUGAGUGACGUUCACAAAUAAUGGGCCACCAUAUAUCAGCAUUUUCACACGAGUGGAAGUGCGGUGAACCUCACGGAAGGAGAUCUUCUAGACUACUAGAACCGUGAUAACUCAGGAGCUGGGACUGGCUAGUGAAGUAACGCUCCGCACAUUUGAUGAACUUCUGCUCCGCCGAGAGCACAAUAAGAAAUCGCUGGUCUGGGUAUUCAUCCACAAGUACAGUAGGUGGAUUUUCAUGCUCCUUGAAUGGUGGAUAGCUGCGCUUGGUGCUUACAGAUGACUGGAAGUUAAUGGAACCUCAGAGAAGGGUUUUGUCAAACUUUAAGGACGGUAGCUAAAAUCUGUGAAGAAAGAUCAGUAGAUUUACCCAAAUCCAUUCUACCGAAAACUCUUCUUGUGGAGAGUCAACAAGUGGUGGUCAGAAAUGAGGCUUUCCAGGCAGGCAAGAUGCAAGUCCAGCCACAAGUAAAUGUUUUUGCCCCAACGUGUAGAACGAUGGUAAAAAAAAUGCAUCAACCGGUUGUCAGUAUUUGGUAGCAACGUUGAUAAAAAUCGACAGAUUUGACUGAGGACUUCUCUACCGAAAAUAGAAAAAGAAACUGAUGAGGUCAUCUUGGAGAAUUGACAACUAGAAGUCACUAAAGGUGCCUGGACAUCGACAUUUGAGUUUUACGCACAUCUAGAAGCGAGUUGAACCUCGAGGAUGGGCUUCCUGAAACUUCUACAAUGGUAAAAAUCUGAGUUGGAGUUUUUUGGUGGGGCAAAUAUCUGCAGAUUUGAUUGACUUCUGUCUGACCGAGACCCUGAAUCGAUAAUAACCGUAAAUGGAUUUUCAAAUGUUUUGAAUGCUGGCAAGCAUCCAUCCAUUGGUGUUGGCCAUUUUGAAAUGGAGUAGAUAAAGGUCCAUUGAUUUAUUGGACUUCUGCUCUAUUGAAACCAGAAGAAGAAAUUGCUGAGCUUAUAUUAAAAUGUCGACAAGUGACAGUCAAAAAUGCGUCGGUGUUUACGCAGAACUAGACGAGAGGCGAACCUCAAGAGUUUCCUCAAACUUCUACAAUGGUGGUGAAAAAAAAAAUCAGGGUUAGGAUUUUGUCGUGAAGUAAAUAAAGGUCCAUAAAUCUGAUCUGACUUUUGCUCUACUGUAAGCUGAAAGAGAAAAUUUAUGAGCUCAUCAGAAAAGACUUGACAGUCAGGUCAGUGACAAGUGCGGCUGUGUGGGUGACAUUGUAUCACCGUUUUUGCACGAGUUGGAAGUGAGGUGAACCUCGGGUUGGUCUCUGAACAACUAAAACGGUAGUCAAAAUCGGAGCAAAGUAAAGAUCAGCAGAUUUGAUUAACUUCUGCUCUCCAGAAAUCACCGAGGUCCUCGUGGAGAGUCGUGGAGUGACGGGUCAGAAAUGAGGCCGUUCAGGUAGCCAGGCGUCGGAACGGAAAUGAAUCUGAUGAGGGGAGUCUUCAGAACACUAGAAGAAAGACUUGGGAUUGUGUGGUGAAGGUCAUGAAGAUCAGUAGAUUGGAUGGACUCUGCUGGCCAGAGGGCACAAGAUGAAAUCAAUGGACUCCUUGGAGAGAUUCAACCACAAGGCAGGGGAUUGCCAAACUUCACAACGGCAGCAAAAACAAAGAUCGGGGUUGUGUGUUGAAGCAAGUAAUUGGUAUUCUUGUUUUUUAUUGACUCGUGAUAUUAAUAUACUCGUUACUUUAACAUCGAUGCCAGUAUACCCUGGCAUUAAAGCCACCGUUAAAAAAUAUUUCUGAAAGAUUAAAUACGCCAAACUUUCUCUAGAGGUCAUUAGGGCCUAACGGUGAAGUGCGGAGGUGUCACGGCGCUCGAUCUGAUCUUCAGAAUCAAAAUCAAAUACAAUCGGGAGCAAUCCACCAUUAAACAUGUGAUCGGAGUAAAAUAUAAUUUGAUACUUGUGCUCCCAAAACCGUACAAAGCGUUAAAAGUGAAUUGUAAUAAAUGGGCGUUCGGUAGCAAAUUGCCGCUACCUUUGUGGCCUGCAGCAGCGCAGUGGAGAUUAGCGCUGUUUUCGUUUUGUAUUUUUGUGAAAGAGAAGAGCGAGAACAUGAAGUACGAGACUAACGGACAAAGCUGGGCACUUUAGUGAAUUUCGUUUAUCACGGCACAUAACAGAAGGCCACCUUUAAAGCACAACACGUGUGAUGUGAAUCUGGCGAGGACCCUCGUGUACAUAUGUAUAUACCGUAUUCUUAUUUAACUCUCUGUGAAGCAUCCACGUCGGUGCUGCUCUGGCGUAGAUUUAUUUUCGUAAUCUAGUUGUGGUAUCCUGCCCGUGAACGUGUGGUGAUGUACAAGACGUUUUCGAUGGGCUCGUCGUUUUUUAAUUCUCAUAAACGCAACUUCAGAAAGCACACAACAUCCAAAACCGUUUUCCCAACUAGUAUCGAACACGCGGCCCAGUCGGCCCCUGUAAAUUUUUGCUGCUCUAUCCAAUUUUUGCGAAUAAGGAGUUUGUUGGGAAAUUUGAGGGGAAAAACAGUUUGGAUAAAAUCUACUUGAUUGGCACAAGCGGUGCGGCCGCGUAGCGUAUCAUCACUCGGACUUGAAUGAACCAUUUCAAUGUUUCUAUUGGGAAUAAAGUGUUUUCUAUCUGCUG